CUCCACUUCGCAGCUGACAGUACACGUGCUUGAUCUGUCUGGGGAGAACCGGGAGUUUAAUUAGCACUAGCAGACUGCAGAUUGCACAAUAGUAGAAGUAGAUAGUAGAAACUAGAAACAUAAACGGAAAACAGUUUGAAUUGCUGUUUUGUAAUUGCAUGUUCUUAUUUAGUUACCUUUUGACUGUUUAUUUUCGUUAUACCUGGAAUAGUAUAACAUAAUGCCUAGAAAAGUUGCAUUCAGUGGAAAGAAAAAGAAACAACAGUUGCUGGAAAAGAAACAUAAGAAAGGAGCAUUUGAUGAAACGGGUCGAAGACGUCCAGUAGCCUUUGUUAGAAACCCUGAAGAUGAGGAUGAGGAUGGAAAACAAUCCAUGGUACAAAAAAUAAAUGAACAACCAAAGGUUCGAGGAGGUGCUGGCAAGCCAAACAGGUAUGCACUACAGUUCUAUAGAGAAACAGAAGCUGAAUUGAAGAAAAGAAAAGAACUAGCUCGAAAAGAAUUGGUUCCAGCACCAGAAACUGCACUGGAGAUCAAUCUGGAUGAUUACUUUGACCCUGGCCUGGAUUUUCCAAAACGGCCUCCAUGGAAUUUUAACAUGAGCCGAGAGGAAUUAGAUUCCAGAGAACAAAGAUAUUUUACGGAGUAUGUGGUGGAACUGGAGAGAAGAUUCGAUAUGAAGCACAUGAGCUACUUUGAGCUGAACCUGGAGACAUGGAGACAAUUAUGGCGAGUACUGGAGCUGUCAGACAUUGUCCUCGUUAUUGUUGACAUCCGAUACGCAGCCCUCAUGUUCCCACCGUCCCUCCACCAGUUUGUGACUGAAACACUCAAGAAAGACAUGAUCCUAGUGCUGAACAAGAUAGAUCUGGCACCAGCACCUCUUGUCGUGGCUUGGACACACUACUUCUUGGAGAAAUAUCCAGGCCUGCAGGUGUUGCAGUUUACCUCCUUUCCUAGCUACAAUCUGCGUGGCAAAACUCAGGACAAAGCUGGAGCCAAUAUCAGGAGAAGGAAGGGGAGGCUGCGAAUGGCUGCUGAGGGUGCUCAGAAACUGCUAGAGGCUUGCAAGAAUGUCACUGAUGGAGAAGUUGAUCUAACUUCUUGGCAGAAUAAAAUAUCUGAAGAAAUGAAUCUAGAAGAUGAUAGUGAUGAUGAAAAAGUGGAAAUUGAAGAUACUGUUACUGUAAAGAAGUCAGACACAAGUUACGAGUUACAUGAGAAGUUUAAGGGCGGGAUGCUCACUAUAGGGUGUGUGGGACAACCCAAUGUCGGCAAAUCCUCACUUAUGAAUGCCAUCAUGGGCAAAAAGGUAGUGAGUGUUUCACGCACCCCAGGACACACCAAACAUUUCCAGACUAUCCAUCUGACCACGAAUGUCCGACUUUGUGACUGCCCCGGUCUCGUUUUCCCUUCCAAAGUGCCAAAGACACUGCAGGUGCUGAUGGGUAGUUAUCCCAUUGCUCAGUUGCGUGAGCCAUUUUCCUCCGUGCAGUAUCUCGCAGAGAGAGUGGACCUGGUUCAUUUACUGCGGAUUAUACACCCCGAGUCAGACACUACCUGGUCUGCCAUGGAUAUCUGUGAUGGAUGGGCACAGAAGCGAGGUUUCCAUACAGCCCGGACUGCACGUCUGGACUCGUACAGGGCUGCUAACAACAUCCUGCAGAUGGCGCUAGAUGGCAAGAUCGCUCUUUGCCUCAGACCUCCUGGCUAUAGUCACAAGAAAGAUUUUUGGGUAAGCCAUAAAGACGUGGCCAAUAUCCUCUGGAUCCAAGCUGCUAACACAGAUGCCCUCUCUCCAGAUGCCCUCUCUCCAGAAGCCCCUCAUCACUUCCAGGAUGAGUUUUCCUCAGAAGAGGAACAUGAGGAAGGGACUAAACAGGAGUCAGAACAAAGUGAGGAGGCAGACGAGAGUUCUGAGGAAGAAGAAGAACCUCAUAUUAGUGUUGCAGCAGGCAACAAGUUCAACGUCCUGGCUUCUCCUGAAUAAACGUCUAUUUACUAACUAAAUUUGUUAAUUUCUUUCAUUUUUAUAAUAUAAAUGAUAAGACUGAACAAGGCUCUUAAAGUAAUUAAAAUCAAACUUAAUAAUAUUGGUAUAUUAUUUAUUUUUAUUUCUUAUUUAAAUCAUGAUUAAGUGUUGAACUGAUUUCAGAAAACAAAAUUAAGCCAUUAUAACUGAUACAAUAUCACUAAACAUGUCCAACUGAA